GGAACAAAUAUCAUUCAGUCUCCGUACUUCCACCUGCCAAGAGAAAACAACAAUAAUAAGUAGCUAAAGCACGAUGGGAAAUAUUUACCCCACUCCUCGGCCCAUUGAGUCCGACCCCGAUGAACUGUCCUCAGAGAUCUGGGCCGUCGACAUGGAUAUCACCGACAGCGCGACCGUCAGCGAGACCGUCAACGGGGCCGUCAGCAGGACCGUCAGCGGGACCGUCAGCGGGACCGUCAACGGGACCGUCGGUGAGAACGUCAGCGGAACCGUCUGCGGGACCUUCAGCCAGACCAUCAGAGGGACCGUAAGCGUGACCGUCAGCGGUACCCUCAGUGGACUCGUCGUCAUCGGGGGCGUCCCAAACCCAUUCAGCGGGACCGUCAGCGGGAUCGUCAGCGGGACCGUCAGCGGGACCGUCAAAGGGACCUUCAGCCGGACCGUCGAAGGGGCCGUCAGCACGACCGGCAGCGGAACCGUCGAAGGGACCGUUAGCGGGACCGUCGAAGGGACCGUCAGCGGGGCUAUCAACGGGACCGUCGGCGGAACCAUCAGUGGGACCGUCAGCGGUACCGUCAGAAGGACCGCUGACGGAAGGCUCAUUUUUGAGUCAGGUGCAAAAUUUACAAAUACUAAAUUCAUUCUCCUCGAAAUCGGUGGAGUAAAAUGUAGAGUAACUCUUUGAAAUUACAAAGUUAUUGAGAUAGCGUACACGAUCUGUGAACAACCACAAUAAAAAACAAGAGAGAAUUAUGUAGUCGGGUUCCACGACUAUCAGGUACCCGUUACUCAGCUA